AUAAACAUUCAGACUCAGCAGUGGCUGUUUUAUAGUUUAAAUUUAAAAAUUGUCAAUAGAUAGAUCAUAGACUAUGUUCAGCAAUGCUAUACAUGUUUUGCUUAGAGUGUGUUGUGAUUAAAAUGUCUUUAUAAGGAUGCAUGGCCAUUGUGAGAUCUUUACACAGAAAUUAAUUUGACUGUUGUUGGUAAAAGUUAUGAAAAAUAGGGUGAAAUUUGGUAUCAGACCACAAACUAUUGUCUACAUUAAAUUGUAAAGAGCAAAACAAAUUAUUUUGUCUUGGUAAUAUAAAAUAAGAGAAAACGUAUUUAGUUUCAGUAGUACCCGAAUCAAGUACAAAUUGCUCAAAUUAAUACUUGUAUAUCAGUGCAAAUGCUCAAGUGUUUCAACCCCCCCUGUAGCUUUUAGUGAAUCAUAAACUGCAGUUAAUGUAGAGGCCACUAUGUGUCACUCUUGUUCCACUAGCCGUGUUAAAGGCGUGUCUCUCCUCCUCCUCCCAAUCAUGACCAGCCCCCCUCUCUCUCUUUGCUCUCUGUGAUUCUCUCACCCUCUCCUUCAUGUAUCUCUUGUAUUAAACCUCUUCACUAAAGAACGUAGGGUUCAGAUGUGAAAAACCAUCUAGACAUUUAUGGAAUAUUGUAUGCGGAUUUGGACUGUUUUAGAGGAUUUUUGACGGAUGCAAAACUUCCAUGCUUUUGGAUUUAGUGUCGCUAUGGGUUUGUCCUGAGGAUUGAAAAGGGAUUUUUGGCUGUUUUCUUUUGUCUUUGGUAGCCCAAAACGGAUCCUUUACUGUACUGGUAUUAAACUUUCAUCCAUUUUUGAUGCCAAUUUUCGGAAUUAUUGUGGAGAAAAAAAUAAGCAAACAUGUUUAUAUCUACACAGAGGCAUUUACUAGCCUGCUUCUCGUUUGCUUUGACCUGUCAUUUAUUGGAGGCUGUAACCGGACAGAUCUCAUACAGUGUAUCGGAGGAGGUGAAACAGGGAACCAUAGUCGGUAAUAUAGCUAAAGACAUUAACCUUUCAAUAAAUAAUCUGCAAUCCAGGGGCUUUCGCAUCGUGUCAGGUUCUAAAAAGCAGUAUUUUAGUGUAAAUAUAGAGACGGGCGCUUUACAGGUGAGCGAAAGGAUCGAUAGAGAGGAGCUUUGCGCAGGCGUAAUCUCAUGCUUCGUUAAUCUGGAAGCCGUAGUGCACGGUCCACUACAGCUCUACCGGGUAAGAAUAGACAUUCUUGAUAUUAAUGACAACUCUCCAGUGUUUCCUAUGAGCUCUGUAGUGAUUAAUGUUAGUGAAAGUACCGCGCCCGGUGUGCGCUUUCCACUGGAGAGCGCGCAUGACGCAGACAUGGGAGUAAAUUCAGUAAAAACCUAUAAGCUUACAUCUAAUGAUUAUCUCACUUUAGAUGUACAAACUCAUAGUGAUAAGACGAUCUCCGCUGAGUUAGUGCUUCAGAAGGCUUUGGACAGAGAGAAGACUCCGCGACUCGAGUUCACAGUGACUGCGGUUGAUGGCGGAUCGCCUUCCAGGACUGGAACCGUAAUGAUCGAAGUUAAUGUGAUAGAUACAAAUGACAACGCUCCAGUUUUUAAUAAGCCAUUAUAUAAAGUCUCCAUAGCCGAGCACGCGCCAAAAGGCACCACAGUAACCAGACUACAAGCUCGAGAUCUAGAUGAAGGAUUGAAUGCGGAGAUAGUUUACUCCUUUAUAAAUCGAACACCCCAAAAUAUUUUGGAGAAGUUUGAAAUUGACGCCCAAAGUGGAGAUGUCAGAAUUAAGGGUGAUAUUGAUAAUGAGGAGAACACCGCUUUUGAAAUUAGAGUUCAAGCCACCGAUAAAGGUCAAGUGACUAUGUCAGGUCAUACUAAGCUUUUAAUAGAGGUGCUAGACAUUAAUGAUAACCCUCCCGAUGUGAGUGUAACAUCACUUCUUAGCCCAGUAGAGGAAAAUGCGGGAAAGGGAACAGUAAUUGCACUAAUGGCGGUAUCAGAUCCAGACUCGGGUAAAAACGGAGCAGUGCGCGUUCGCCUUGCCAGCUCCAAUCCAUUUAAAUUACAGUCGUCCUUUCAGAACUACUAUUCAUUGGUUUUAGAUGGCGUGCUGGAUCGGGAAAACGUCACGGAGUAUAACAUUACAGUCAUUGCUGAAGACGAAGGGUCACCGCCAAUGUCCAGAACUAAAGUAAUACAAGUGCAGGUCUUUGAUGUGAAUGACAAUGCGCCUCGCUUCCCAAAUUCUGUAGUUUAUGCAUAUCUGCGCGAAAACAGCGAAGUUGGCUCCAUUAUAUGCACAGUGACGGCCUAUGACGCGGAUAUCAUGGAGAAUGCACAUAUAACAUACUCUUUACUGCAAAGCUCUGUCACUGGUACACCUGUUUCAGCGCUCCUUAAAGUAAACUCAUUGACAGGAGAGAUCGAGAGCAUGCAGUCGUUUAACUAUGAGGAGAUAAAAACAUUUGAGUUUAAAGUUCAGGCCACAGACUCUGGUGUUCCCCCGCUCAGCAGUAACGUGACUGUCAAUGUUUUUAUCCUGGAUGAGAAUGACAACAGUCCCGGGAUUCUUGCGCCCUAUUCCGAGCUCGGUUCCGUUAACACAGAGAACAUUCCCUAUUCUGCUGAUGCGGGCUACUUUGUGGCCAAGAUCAGGGCCGUAGAUGCAGAUUCUGGUUACAAUGCGCUGCUGUCUUACCACAUCUCUGAACCCAAAGGAAACAAUCUGUUCCGAAUCGGAACCAGCAGCGGGGAGAUCAGGACUAAGAGGAGAAUGAGUGACAAUGACCUGAAAACUCACCCGCUGGUCAUUUUGGUUUGUGAUAACGGAGAGCCCUCACUGUCAGCGACUGUGUCUAUUGAUGUUGUGGUUGUUGAAAGCGCAGGUGACGUCAAGACUCCAUUCAGACACGCGCCGAUAAAGGAGGAGAGUUUCUCUGAUUUAAAUCUGUAUUUGCUGAUCGCCAUUGUGUGCGUGUCCGUCAUCUUUUUCCUGAGCCUCAUCAGUUUGAUAGCUGUAAAAUGCCACAGGACAGACAGCAGUUUGGGCAGGUACAGCGCCCCGAUGAUCACCACUCACCCUGACGGGAGCUGGUCUUACUCCAAAUCUGCUCAGCAGUAUGAUGUGUGUUUUAGCGCCGACACACUGAAGAGUGACGUAGUGGUUUUCCCUUCGCCAUUUCCGCCUGCAGAUGCAGAACUGAUCAGUAUUAAUGGUGGAGACACUUUUACCAGAACACAAACACUUCCCAAUAAAGAGAAGGUAAGGGAUUAA